CAGAGAUAUUACAUACAGCAUUUCGCUGGAAGCUGUGACAACACUGGUCGUUUUUCUCUCCUGUCAGCUUUUCCACAAGGAAAUUCUGCGGAAGAGCAUCAUUCAUAAGUAUCUCAUGCAUGGUCGAUGUCUCUCAUACACCAGCCGACUCGUGAAAACUUUGUUGUAUAACUUCAUCCGUCAAGAGCGAAGCCCUCCUCCAAGUUCCCAUGUCUUCCAGCCUGAGUCCGAAGGAGGUGGACUACUGUAUGGAAUUGCAUCAGGAGUAGCAACUGGUCUGUGGACGGUCUUUACACUAGGAGGAGUAGGAAGCAAGAGAGCUUCGCAGCAGGAAGAGUCAUCACCUCUUGCUAAUCAAAGUCUGUUGUUGCUGCUCAUCUUAGUAAAUCUCACCGAUGCUGCAGAUACACCCAACCCUUAUAAACAAUCUGUUGUGUCCUUCAAGAACACACAAGAUAGCACAGCUUUGUCUUCACCAACUCCUCAUGCUUUCCAGAUCAAUUUUAAUAGUUUGUACACCACAUUAUGUGAGCAGCAGAAUUCUGACCAUGCCACGCUCCUCUUGUAUACCCUUCUGCACCAGAACAGCAAUGUUCGAACAUAUAUGUUGGCCCGGACAGAUAUGGAAAACCUGGUUCUGCCAAUUCUUGAGAUUCUUUAUCAUGUUGAAGAAAGGAAUUCACAUCACGUUUAUAUGGCACUGAUAAUUUUGUUAAUCCUUACUGAAGAUGAUGGCUUCAAUCAAUCCAUUCAUGAAGUGAUCUUGAAAAAUAUUACUUGGUACUCAGAACGGGUGCUAACAGAAAUUUCACUGGGGAGUCUUCUGAUUCUUGUCGUAAUAAGGACCAUUCAGUACAAUAUGACAAGGACGAGGGACAAAUACCUUCAUACAAAUUGCCUGGCAGCUCUAGCCAACAUGUCCGCACAGUUCCGCUCCCUUCAUCAGUAUGCCGCGCAGAGAAUCAUCAGCUUGUUUUCAUUGUUGUCCAAAAAGCACAACAAGGUUUUGGAACAGGCCACCCAGUCUUUGAGAAGUUCCCUGUCUGCUGCUGAUUCCCCACUUCCAGAUUACGCCCAGGAUUUGAAUGUGAUUGAAGAAGUCAUUCGAAUGAUGUUAGAAAUAAUCAACUCCUGCUUAACAAAUUCCCUCCAUCAUAACCCCAAUUUAGUGUAUGCCCUGCUAUACAAGCGGGAUCUCUUUGAGCAAUUUCGAAGUCACCCCUCUUUCCAGGAUAUAAUGCAGAACAUAGAUCUGGUGAUCAGCUUCUUUAGCUCACGGAUCGAUCAUCCUGGAGCUGCGCUGUCAGUGGAACGGGUACUCGAAAUUAUCAAACAGGGAGCUGUCGCCCUACCCAAAGCCAGGCUCCGGAAAUUCCCAGAGCUGAAGUUCAAGUACGUGGAAGAGGAACAGCCCGAAGAGUUCUUCAUCCCGUAUGUUUGGUCUCUUGUCUACAACUCGGCCGUGGCUCUUUACUGGAACCCGCAAGACAUCCAGCUUUUCACGAGGGAUUCGGACUGAAACCCAAAAAAAGGAAAUGCAAACCUACCGUACCAGCGCCUGCCCUAAAAACGAGUCCUUCCCAGCUGAGAUUUCCUUAGAAGGAUACUUGUAACUAUUGUACAGCCCCACUUAUUAUUUUCCUGGGAGCAUGUUAAGAAGCCAGAGAACAUCACAUGGACUCCAUUAAUAUUGUAUGCUAAUUUUUAAUCUAUCUGUUUGUAAAGCCAAGAGAUGGGAUUGUUGUUGUUUUUUCCUAUCAACACGGGCAGAUGGGUUGGAAGAACUCGACACGAGGUGAGAUAUUAACAGCGAUCAGCUUUUGGGGGAAAAACACAAAAUAAUGUAAACAAAAUAUAUUUUGGUUUUUGGGGGGAAGUCAGCAAUUUGCUAGUUGAUUUUUUUCCUGUCUUCUCUAUAAGCAUAUCUGCAAAAGCCUUUGAGGUUUUGCUGUGGGCUUCCAACACAGUCUUUGCAGCCUUGGUACCUUUUCACCCUGGGUGUAACUGAAAUGUCUAAAUUAAUAUUGUGGCAUUGAUUUUUUUUUUUUUAAAAAAAUGCUUCAUUUUGGAAGGCACUAAAAUGACCACUUCUCACCCUGCAAAUCUAAAAAGACGAAGAGCAGUUCACAAUUCAUGAUUUCAAAAGUGCUAUUACACAAGUGUAGCUUUCUCCGAAAUUUCACUGUUCUUCUCAACCUCCCCCCAAAACACACACAGAAGAAACACACGCUUCUUAAGACUUCUUUUCAGAUAAAUUGUUUUUGACAGAAAUUUGCAAGCAUGCACAUUUCAAAAUUAAUGGUCCAUGUUAUGUACCUUAAAGAGAAUUGACAACGUGCUACAGGAAAGAAAAAGGGGAAAGCGCUUAGUAUAGCAUUAAUACACAAUAUGAGCUUGUGGGUUGUUAUUUUCAAAACAAAAACUACAGUCCUAUGCUAGGCUGCCAAGUUUAAGGAACAAAAAAGAUCAAAGGAACAAAAAGAACAAAAAAAUAUAUAUGACAUACAGAAUAAAGUUGACAUGGGAGAUUGGCAAUGAGUGGGAAAGAGCCGCCCCCUUUAAAUAUCUUUUCACAAAUUAUUUUGCUUGGUUUUUAACCUCCUGACCAAUGUUAGAACAGCACUGUUCCUCCCACCUGUGAAAUAAAUGGCGCUUAAAAUUCAAUCAUAUUUACUUCCUUCUGCAGCUGUAAAAAAAAACCUGCUUAGCGAUUGAGUUUAUUCAGUUUUGCACAGAGAUAGAUUUGGGGUGAUGGGGAAUAGGAGCACUGCUUUUUAAAAAUUGGAAGGAUAACAGGAGAAAUAUUUGACCCGGUGUUUGAAAGGAGCUGAAUGUCCUGCAAUCCUCUCCUUCAAAUAAAUGACUCAUGAGACUGC